AUGAAUUCGACUAUCGUUGCCCACGGGUACUACCCACUUUCUAUACAGUUGCCUCACUAUGUUGCCAAUGAGAGCUCGGUACUUUCGCUGAUCUCGCAAUUUGGUGUCUUGUGGGCAGUUGUUAUUGUGGGAUCAUUUGGCUUGAUCACCCGUCUACGACCGGCCCUGAAGACCACAGAUCAUGUUGCCUUUGUUUGGAUGUGCCUGACGGGAUGCAUCCACUUGUUCUUCGAAGCCCAUUUCGUGGUUUACAAUGCAACAAUUGCCGGCCGACAAGGACUGUUCGACCAGCUAUGGAAAGAAUACUCACUCUCUGACUCCCGCUAUCUGACCUCAGAUGCCUUCUUGAUCAGUAUGGAGGCUGUCACAGCGUUUUGCUGGGGACCUCUGGCCUUUCUCAUUGCCUAUUGCAUUGUGGUACAGCAUCCCAUGCGACAUGCGCUGCAGAUUAUCCUUUCAUUAGGUCAGGUCUAUGGCGACGUGCUAUACUACGCUACAAGCUUGCUUGAGAUCUCUUAUUGUCGGCCCGAAGGAUAUUAUUUCUGGUUCUACUAUUUCUUCUUCAACUUCAUUUGGAUUGUGAUUGGCUGUUACUACAUGAAGCAAAGCUUUACCGAGAUUUGGAGAGCCUUCGAAAAGGUUCAGCACAUGAAGGCGGAUUGA